AUGUCCCCCGACCCCACCGUCCUCUACACCAUGUACCAAGCGUGGAAAACCGCCAUCGACCAAAUCGCCGACAUCGCCGGCCUCUACCCGACCUUCGUGCUGAACAUCUCCCCGGGCAGCGCAGCCCGAGUCGCCCAAACCAACGGAAUCGGGUGGCAAUUCAGCACCGGCUGGGUCAACGCCGAAGACGAUCUCCGCGUCGAGACAUGUAUCCGCCAACUGACUGAACAUCUCCACGGGAUUAAUCAGCAAAACGGCCUAGCGAGGGAUUUUAUCUACAUGGGUGAUGCGGGCGAAUGGCAGGAUGCGUUUGCGGGGUUCCCGGCGGAGAAUGUGCAGCGCAUGAGGGAGAUUCGCGGGAGGUAUGAUCCGUUGGGGACGUUUACGCGGUUGAAUUGGGGGGGGGACUUAAACUCGGGGGUUGAGCUUCACAAGGGUGAGUAA